AUGAGCAGGAACAACUUUUACGGAGAACUUCCCCAUGAAUUGAUUCGUCUGUCCAGGUUACGAGUCCUCAGUUUAGGCAUUAACAUGCUUAGAGGAAAUAUUCCCUCUUGGGUUGGUUCCUUCCAACAACUCCGACAAUUUUUUCUAAAGAACAAUAGCUUUACAGGCUUUAUCCCACCUUCUAUCUCCAACAUGUCAAAGCUGGAGACAUUAAAUCUGCAGUUUAAUUCUCUACAAGGAGCAAUACCAAUGGAGAUUGGGAAAUUAAAAAAGUUGAAGCAAAUUGUCCUCGACUUUAAUCAGCUUUCCGCAUAUGUCCCCGUCUUCGGGCUCACAUUGCUUGACCUUUCCCUCAACAAAUUAAGUGGUGUGAUACCACCAUCGUUAUCGGAGUGUUCGAAGCUUCAGCUACUGAGGUUGGGUGGCAACAAUUUGAGUGGAGUGAUACCGGAAGGAUUUGGGAACUUGACGGCGCUCAAGCGACUACAUCUUGGCUGGAACAAUUUGGUUGGAGUGAUACCGGAAGGAUAUGGGAACUUGACGGCGCUAGGGGAACUAUGUCUUGGGGACAACAAUUUGAUUGGAGUGAUACCGGAAGGAUUUGGGAACUUGACGGCGCUGGUGGAACUAUGUCUUGGGGGCAGCAAUUUGAUUGGCAGUGUUCCGCACGAGCUUGGCCGCCUAAAGCAUCUUGCAAAACUUGCUUUGGGCUCCAAUAGCCUAACUGGAUCCAUACCAGCCCAAAUCUUCAACAUCUCGACACUGCGAGAACUGGACCUAUCGAACAAUACGCUUUCUGGGAGGCUUCCAUCAUCCAUGGGUUAUGGAUUGGUCAACCUUGAAGUGCUUGCUGUCUUUUCAAAUGAGUUUGAUGGAGUGCUACCAGCCUCAACCUCACACGCGUCUAAGCUUACUCAUUUAGACUUGGGUGGAAAUAGAUUCAGCGGUCCAGUUCCAAACUCUCUUGGAAACCUAAGACUUCUAAGAGAUUUGGAUCUCGUUGAUAAUCAUUUGACAACUGAACCUUCAUCGAGAGAAUUGAGCUUUAUCAGUUACUUAACAAAUUGCAAUUGUCUCAAACUAUUAGGUUUUGCUGAAAAUCCGCUGCACGGUUUUCUUCCGAUGUCAGUUGGGAAUCUCUCAACUUCUAUGGAGAGAUUCUAUGCAUAUGGUUGCGGAAUAAAGGGAAGCAUUCCCGAUGGAAUUGGGAAUUUGAGCAGCCUAAUCAUUUUGAAUCUAUAUGGAAAUCACCUGAGUGGGCCCGUUCCGGUGACAAUGAAAUACUUGCAAAAUCUUCAAGCAUUGUUUUUGGAUGAUAAUCAAUUAAGUGGUUCAAUUCCAGAUUGCAUUUGCAAGUUAAAGAGAUUGUACCAAAUCUAUCCGGGGCAAAACAUCUUUCGUGGCUCAAUGCCAUCAUGCCUAAAUAAUAUAAGUUCCUUGGAAGAAAUUGACUUUGCCGGGAACUUAUUAAACUCAAGCAUACCUGGUAGCUUGUGGAACCUCACUGAUCUCUUGACGUUGAACCUGUCAUAUAAUUCAUUGAGUGGCUCACUACCUUAUGAAACUGGAAAUUUGAAGGUAGUAACACUAUUAGAUUUGUCGGGAAAUCACCUUAAUGGGAAUAUUCCAAGUUCCUUAGGAGGCUUGCAAAGUUUAGCAAAGCUUUCAUUAGCACAAAAUAAACUUCAGGGACCUGUUCCAGACUCUCUCAAUCAGAUGUUAAGCUUGGAAUUUUUGGAGCUAUCCAAUAAUAAUCUAUCAGGUCCAAUACCAAAGUCCUUGGAGACACUUAUAUAUCUCAAAUACAUUAAUCUUUUUUUCAACCACUUAAGAGGAGAAAUUCCCUCUAGUGGUCCUUUCAAGAAGUUCACAUACGAAUCAUUCAUGUUUAAUGAUGACUUGUGUGGCGCUCAAAGAUUUCAUGUUCCUCCAUGUCGUUCUCCUCGGAUUCACAAAUCGAGUCAAAAGAAAGUAUUUCACCUGCUAGGCAUUCUAUCAGGUAUUGCAGCAACAAUAAUUGCUGUUACAGCUGCUGCAAUUUUACUUUUAAGAUGCCCAAGGAAAGAUGGGGUUUCAAGAAAUACUGAUUUGUUGCCCAUGGGUUUGCCAAAAAUGAUUUCAUACUCUGAACUUGUGCAAGCAACCAAUGGUUAUGAUGAAACGAAUUUACUUGGCAAAGGGAGUUUUGGAUCUGUAUAUAAGGGUAUUUUAACGGAUAGGACAGUUGUAGCCGUAAAAGUUUUCACUUUACUAGCAGAUGUCAAUUCCAGGAGUUUUGAUACAGAAUGUGAAGUUCUACGCAAUCUUCGCCAUAGAAACCUAACCAAAGUGAUUGGUAGCUGCUCUAACUUGGACUUUAAAGCCUUAGUGCUUGAUUAUAAGUCUAAUGGGAGCCUUGAGAAAUGGUUGUACUCCCACAACCAUUGCCUGGAUCUGCUGCAAAGGAUAAGCAUAAUGAUGGAUGUUGCUUCCGCAUUGGAAUAUCUCCAUUUUGUUUCUGGAUGA